AGAUGCAAUAUAUACCUCCGGCCCUCGGUCGGCCGGGACUCGGACGGCGUCUCCAACCCUAACCCUAAGACUGAGAUCCGGUUCCUGCUGCCAAGAUGGCCUGCGAGAAAAGACUGUCUGCGAGGCGCAAGCACACUCUGAAAGGAUGCAUGCUGCUGGUGGCCACCAACAUGCUGGAUGCUGAGGCCGGGGUGAAGGUCGGGGAGCGGGAGAAGUUCCUCACAGAUAAAUGUCCUCCGCUGGAGCUGCCGUACUCCAAAGAAGAGCUCACGGAGCUUUGCCAGAAACUCCACGGGCAGAUCGACCUCAGCGAGGAGGAGCGAUACGGCAUCGAGUUCAAGCUCAACCUGGUCCUGAACGAGGUCCGAGACCUGAACAUUAAGAUCGUGGACAUGAGGGGGAAGUUCAAGAGACCCCGUCUGAAGAAGGUCCGCAUGUCGGCCGACGCCAUGCUGAAGGCCCUGCUGGGCUCCAAGCACACGGUCAACAUGGACCUGAGGGCCAACCUGAAGCAGGUCAAGAAGGAGGUCAAGGAGGAGGACAAGCAGCUGCGCGAUGUGGGCGACUGGCGUAAGAACAUCGAGGACAAGUCGGACAGGAAGAAGAUGUUCGACAGUUAGACGUCGCGGAGAGUCAAACCGAUGCUUUGCAGCUCCAAUGUCUUUGUAACCCAAGAGUUUUAUUCCAAAACGCUGCAUAUCCACCGUCAACCUCCCGCGUACCUCUCAUUGAGACGCAGAGUAGAUACAGAGUGUGAAUGUCUCCAAUAGUUAAGAACUGAAGGUUCACGUCUUCAGGAAGACGACAGCGUGACGUAAGUGAUGAACGGUGAAGUUGCUUUGCAGGGUUGAGAACCGGAAAUUAGUUUAAACUUUCUACCUUUUUCUUCAUUUUGGCUAUUUAAAGUAAAUUGUGUUUCAUCCACAGCUGGAGUUGAGUGAAUGAACGAGGGAGAAGGAUUCAGGUAGUUGUUGGAUAUCUCACGUUGGAACAAAACUCUUUGAAUCCCAGCUGCCUUCUGCUUGUGCCUGUAUCGACUCUGUACUGUGAUGUGUGUGCACUGCGUGUACUGAUGGCAGUAUUAGUACACGAGUAGUGACUCGUGCUUCUGCUUCCUCCAACCAAAGAGUUACGGAGUCCAUCUGGAGAAUUUGUACAUGUUCAUCUUUAACCUUAUUUAUAUAUAUAUAUAUAUAUAGAGAGAGAGAUUUAUAUAUGUGUAUAUAUAUACAUAUAUAUUUAUAUGUAUAUAUAUACAUAUAUAUAUAUAUGUACAUAUAUAUAUACAUACAUAUGUGUAUAUAUAUAUUUAUUUCUAUGUAUAUAUAUAUUUCUAUAUAUAUACAUAUAGAAAUGUGUGUAUAUAUGUGUGUAUGUAUAUAUAUGUAUAAAUAAAUAUAUGUAUACAUCCAAAUAUAUUUCUUUACUUUUUUCCACAGAAAAGAUUAAAAGAAAUAACACCAGUAUAACAUUUACAGCUGAUCAUGUAAACCUUUCAUUAAAAUGAGUUGUGUUAUCUAUUAACCAACGUGUCUCAUUCCCUCACAGAGUUGCGUUAGCUUAAAGCGUUGCGUUAGCACGGAGAUCCAGAGCGACUCCUCUGCAGCAGCACGAUUCGUCCCUCGGUGUGUACUAACGUCGUCUUUUCCAAAGAGUUGUAACUGAAGUGUACGUUCAUCGUCUUGUUUCUGUCCCAUUAAACACCAAAGCUUCUCGUUCACCUC